AUGAAGCUCGAAGACUGGCCCGAAAAGAAGACAAUUGUAGCCAUGCAGUUCAUCCACUCUAACACAACCCAGCUUCAAAUGAUUUGCUAUGAGCCGCUCAAGGAAAUCCGCGAUCACAUCAACAAAUUCGGUCCAGAAGUCAUGGCCAUGCAGUUUGGCUUGAGAGGCACCAGCUAUUGGCUUAUGCCAUCGCAGAAGAGACAAGUUGAGCCUUUCGUUGUAGAGCCGAGCAAAUUCAAGACAACAACCCCCAUUCCACCCGAGAGUGCCCAAGUUCGACAUAAUCUUACUACCAUGGGACUGGAGGCAACUCUGUACUUGGAAGCUCUGGACACCCCCGAAGCUUAUAUGGAAGAGAUCAAGCGACUCAAACACGAACAGCUUGGCCACUUUGAGUACGGACUGCCCUCGACAGAAGAAGGUGAGACUUGGGAGGAUGCUCUGCGGUCUACAAUGAGAACUAUCGAUGCGGCAGAGAUGGAAGUAGAACGCCAUCACAGAUGGAUAGUUGACAACAAGAGAUUAUCGGACUGGGACCUCCAACCGCUCAGCAUUUUGCGUGCCAGAAAGGACAUGCCCACUCGAUCAAACCAGGAGCUCUUGCUUGAGAUCGCCAUUCAGGCCCGACUCGGUAGCCCAACCACACAGACCCAAACUACGAUGCAAAACUGGACCACCGAUACGGAAGUCAGGAAAAGCCUUGAUGUUCAAUUAGGCCGUUUCAUGGUUAAAGGAAAACGACCAAGAAUCUGGACAAACUACUUCACUCACGCCAUUGAUCACGCUAGCGGCGCGGAGCCCGCCAUGUUCUUCAUAUGUCAGCAUAAGCAUGCCAAGGGGAAUACCAAAUGGAUCGUCGGAGCCAGCACACCUCUCACUGGGUCGGACGCACGCACAAAAUGGGCCUGGGCCGAAACCGUUUACAAAGCGGUCAGGGAUCAGGGCAUGGGAAAAAUCUGGGUUGAGGCUGUGGGAAGGGUUAACGAUCGUCAGCGUAAGGAGGAGCGUAAAGAAGCCGCCAAAGGACCCGUGCCCCCCCUCAAGUCGCCAGAAUGGGUGCCCAUCCGACAGCGAGUGCUUGCGACACUUCAAUCUGAUACAGCUCACCAGCGAGAGGUAGCUCGACUGGCAUGCAAAGGGCUGGCCAUCGACAAAUCAAUGGUACCAACGCAGUGUUGUUACCGUUGCCAAGCCAAUUUCCAGUACUAUGUACUGUCAAAUCACUUGACGCCAACCAUCCCAGAAUAUUCCAAACAUCUGCAAAACUACGACUGGGUAUCUCAAUGUGGUUGGGACCAGCAGUGCGCCGAGGCAACUGCUGCAUGCCAAUGCCAGAAUCUCGACGACGAAAACAACGACGAAAACAACGACGAAAACAAACCCAGCUCGUUGAACCGGACAGUAAAGAAGAAGAAGAGCAUGGGGCCGGGAUUCUUGUUCAAAAGAUAA